AUCGCAAACACUUUGACUCACUUUACUUCGGUUCACCCGAAGAAUUCAAAGGAGUAAAAAGAAUGUUGGAACUCCUCUAAGAGUUUCCAUUACAUGGAUUCGGAGUGGCAUGACAAGAACGCUGAGGAGGCUUUGACAGGCGAGCAUGUAUUUGUGGCGCAGUGGUGGUUGACUUAUGGGAAGAAGAAGCACCCAACCUUGACAAAGAUCGCAAUCAAAGUGCUCAGCAUGCGGACCACGACCUCUCCGUGCGAGAGGAACUGGUCCACGUUCGACCCCGUUCACACGAAGAGGAGAAAUUUGUUGAGCCCAAACAACCUGCAAAUACUAGCCUUCAUCCAUUGGAACAAGAAGGUUUUGCACAUGUCAAGGGUGAAGAUGGGAUUUGUCAACACUGAGCGGAUCGUGUGGGAGACACCAAAGGACGAGGCGCCUUUUGAUGGUUUCAUGCGAGACGGGGAGUACGACCCUGCAGACGUGAAGAUCAGAGCUGCUAAUUGUUCCAAAUCUCGUGGAUGCAGAUCGACGGGCACCAGGUUCAGCGUUCGCGAGCUUCAGGAGGAGAGGGUGGACGACGGGGUAUGGAUCCUUGAUCUUCCCUACGUCCCUCGCUGUGUCGUGGACGACGGUCGCGGGAGGAGCAUUGUUGUUGAUAAUAACGACAAGGAGGAGAGCCACGACAACGAGGGUGGCGAUGAGUUACUCAAAGUGCAGCUCACAGACAUUCAGUCCAUCAAGCGCUCGGGCGGCAACUCAUGUUCUGCUAGACACGACGACAUCACUUCGUCAGCGGUCCUUGCAUCCGGCGGGCCUUCAGGGGCUCCUUCGGUGUCGUUGUCGGGCGAGGCCGGUGUACGUACACAAGAACGAAGCUCCACGCCAGGUGGUGUGGCUUCAGUGCAGGGCACCAACACACUUUGGGGCGCACAACUCACCCCUCAUUGGCGAGCUAUGCUCGAGGAGAUACCCACGGGCCGCGGGACGACAAACGGGGGUUCGACAGACGUUCACGGGGACAAUGUUGAGGUGGAGGUUGAUGCGGGUUUUGGUGGCACUACGGGACAUGCGGACGGAGAUAUGGGUGCGGACAUGGACGAACCGACUCUUGGAACAGCGGAGGACACCGAGGUUGCGGGCAACGAUGUGUUCUCCACUCUUGACCCGGGGUUGGGGUUAGGAGAGGGGUUCGCCUCCCUAUUGCACCACGUGGCCCCCAUUGCGCCAAGUGGCUCCAACAAGGACUUCUGUGAACACCUGUCUACGAUGUCCCCCGUGCAGAUUGAUUUUGAGGAGCAGGCUCCUGAUUGGGCCAAAUUCACUAGACUAACCUCACCCGGUCGACAGUUGAGCGAGCACAUUCCAACAGAGGCCGGGAAAGGAUGAAAGGGCAUGGUCUACAGGAGGAGGACCCGAGUUGCUGAGGCUGAAGGAACUGACCCGCCACAACAUGUAGUUGCUCGACAUG